AUGGCAGCCCUUGAAGCUCUUCUGCCCAGUGAGACUCGUAGUGAAUGGGAUUGGCAUGAUACGUUCACGGAUUUGAUCAAAGACGAUACCAGCGCUUGGGAACGCCUGAACGCCAAGCACACGCGAUAUUUUACCCAACCAAGCGGGUCAAUACAAUCGGCGCUCGCUGUUCACCUCAUCAAUCCUACGUUCUAUGUCGAGGAUAUUAACAACCAAGAGGCCGACGACCCAACAAACCCAACAAUCAACCUGUUAUAUGAUGUUGGGCUCUCGUCCUCUGACUGUAUCCUCUUCGAUUCUCUGAAUGUACGGACAAGGACUGAGGACAUGAAAAAGUUUUACACGGACGAUCUGUGGAAGCCUCAUCGUGACUUUGUUCAAAAGCUCCGGACAAAUAUGUGGGCGACGGUGGAGAUUUGCAUGGGCAAAGAUGCGUUCGAGGACCUCUCCAAGAGCGCUAUUCUCAAGCCCUUCCCCCUAUGGGGAAAGUUUGAGAAGGUGAGGUUGUGGGUGGAGGUUGACAACGAUCAAACAUCUGUGAAGCGGUUCGUCGUCCAUGCAUACCACCCUGCGUUCUUCCCCAAGUCUAAGCGUGGUCCCAUUUUCGACGAAAAAUUCUCGAAGCCCCAAGACCUAGCCAUUUUAAUGGCUAGGCAACUCGCUAAACUGCCACAAGCUGGGAUACCUCAUUACUUCGAAUCAGCUUUUGUGAGAGGAGGAUUUGCCCACCUUAGUCCUCAAGCAGAGACCAAAAGAAAAGAGUGUGAGAGGCUGGCCAUGGAUGCUUUCGAAAAGGCAUUUCCGGAAAAAUGCAUGAGAAUACAAGUCGCCCGGCAAUUCAAAGAGCUCAAGAUAAAAACUGAAAUGGCUCUUAUCGAUAGAAUGAAAGCGCUGGAACUACCGGUCCCCAUGCAGGUACCCUCAGUGGAGGUUUUGUCAUUAGAAGACCAGGAAUUUCGACGAAGGGGCAGGUACGCAGCAAUCCGCUCCACCGUGGAGUCUUUCCGGGUCGCGACCAUCGAGACAGACCGCGAUGACGACGAAUGCUGCGACUUCGAAGAUCUCCCAGAUGAUCUCCAAACCUGGAUACAAUCCCAAGAUAGCCUCAAAAUUCGUGGGGAACCGGUGACAACCCGGGAGCAAUUAGAGCACGUGUUUGCUUUGUUGGACACGAAUAAUAUUUACUACAAAGAGUUUUCAAUCCGCGAUCUUGCCGUUUUGGUCGGAGUUCUUUUGCUCGAAAAGAUCCAGAAGGAUCGACAGACGAAUCGAUCAUCUCUUAAGAAUACUGAGGCUAUCCCCGGAAGACCUGGAGAGGUGAUUUAUCGCACCUGCAGUAUGUGCAAGAAGCCCUUCCUGGAUGAUGGGUUCCCUCUUUUUCUUACAGCAGUUCCAGAAUUCUAUUUUAUCGAAGUGAUUCACAGUACAUUUCCAGGCGGGGCCGGUUGUGGGCAACAAGGCUGCAAUGGAUGGCCAGCUCUCACGCCUGCUGACCCAAAACAGCGCCACACUCGGUUGGAAAUGAGGAGCAUUAAACGCGUCAGGCUGGCUGGGUUAAAUCCGACCUGGAAGGAUGCUUUAUGUCGCACAGGUAAAGAUCUACAGGGCUGUGCUAGUUCGCUCAAGAUACGCUGCUGUGGUCCUGGUGUAAACGGAGCAUCCCGCUGCGAGUACCAACGAGAGUACGUAACCGACUCCUGGACAAUACAAGAACCCCCACGUGCAGUGAUGCCUAAGCUUAUGUGCAAGAUUGAAAAUAAGGAACAUAACUUUGUACCAGUCGACAGCAACAUCCGGUACAUGACGUUGGCCAACUUGCUCAAGAUCCACAAAGCGUUCUUGAAUGUGGGCUGCGAGCUAUCAGACUACCCUAAGAUCGCUGAGUUUAUCUUCCCUACAGUCAAUACGUCUUUCAAAUUCAGGUUCAAGUUGCUUAAAGCGGCUCAGAAAUUAUCGAAUGAGACUUCUCCCGAACGGAAGGGCAAAGCUCAGCCUGACGAAGAACCUAGUCCCAAACGCCGGAAAGCAUAG